GCAGACAUAACAGCCCUACGAACCCUGCAACUGCAAUUCCUUCCCCUCAGACAGACUGCUUUCAAUCAGGAGCACCAUGACAACCACAUUCAAUCCCACUUGGAUUUCCUCUCCAAAUGCUAGAAGAAGUCACCCAUUCACAGAAAGAUCUCACUUCACACCUCUGACCCACCGCGCGAGACUCUUCGACGGGGCAUUGUUCUCACUGCCUCGAACUAUUACAGUUAAAUGCAGCGGCGAUAACAAUCGCUCAGACCAGAAUGAAAUGGGUAGCUUGAAGGAUUUGCUGUCCGGUAUGGUGGACGAGCGAGUGCAGGAAUUGUUGAACAGAGAAGAAAAUAAAAAUUUGUUUGAUGGAUUGGAGAAAGCAACGCUGAGAGUGGAGAUGGCGAAGAGAGAGCUCGCCGAGAUCGAAAAACAAGAUAUUGAAGCCAAACAGUUGAGGGAUUACAUCAAACAGCUCGAAUCCAGAGCCUCCGAGAUUGCAGAAAGUCAGAGUGAAAUAUCAAAAGCCAAAGUGAUGCUUGAAGAAGCAGAGCGUUCUCUGGGCAUUGAGGGUGUAAGAAACACAGAUUCUCUCACAGAGACAGAACGCGAAGCAAUCAACAAAAAUGAAGAGAGAUGGGAGUCUGUAAAAGCAGCUUCAAUUUCUGCGCUAGUUGGCACCCUUGCAGGGCUUCCCAUUUCCUUGACAACAGUGACCAGCAAUCCCCAGUUGAUACUCUCUGUGGCAAUCACCUUUGUUAGUUGUGCAUUAUUUGGAGUGACCUUUCGGUAUGCAAUAAGAAGAGACUUGGAUAAUUUUCAGCUCAAGUCAGGGACGUCUGCAGCUUUUGGCUUUGUCAAAGGCCUGUCUAGCUUGGACAGCGGAUCACCUCUGAAGCUGGAUGCUGAUAGCUUACUCUCACAUGCUUACGAUGGUGCAGUUCAUGUAUCUGAAAAUCUUUUAAUCUUCGCUUUUGCUGCUGUUGGUCUAGAUUUAUGCAUUAAGCUGAGAAUUUUAAGUCCAUUUCCACUUGAGAGAUCAGCUCCAAAGGCUGAUAUUAGAUGAAUAGCCUCCUUCUUCUUAGGUUUGUUAUGUGUAAAGAUAUUUUUUAACGUUACAAUAUGCCACAGCACACACCUAUGAUGAUUUAUCCCAUGUCGCAUAACUGUGUAAGAAUAAUUUUAUCACUAUAUAUCCACUUCGGCAAGCUAGAAAUAUAAGAAAUG